AUGACUAGUAACGAAUCAAUGUUUUCAUUUCCUUAUAAUCAUACAAUGCUCUCAUUAUUUGGUGACUUUGUUGGAAUUCAUUAUGAUAAAUAUGUUUUUUUUGCUGUAUGUUCUGCAUUAGUUGGUCUACCAUUUAAUAUACUUUUACUUUUUAUUCUUAUUCGAGAUGGUUUAUUUUGUCGACGCUAUCCAAGAGAUAAAUCGAUUCGAAUAUCAUAUGCAACAAAUGCUCGAACAGGUUCAUUUGAAAGAUUUCUCUUUGAAAUCAUAUGCAUUGAUACAUUAUUAAUACUUUUUCACUUUAUUGAUAACUUUUUAAGUUAUAUUCAUAAAGAUCGUUCAGCUGGCCAACAUUAUCUUAUACAUGUAUCAGAUUUUUGUUGUAAAUUUUUCACAUAUUUUGCUAAAAUGAGUGUUCUUCUUGCGACAUGGCUAUUAUUUUUUUUAAUUGUCAAUCAAUUUAUUUUAACUAUGAAAGACAAUGAAAAACAUUCAUGUUGGAAUCGUAGUUUAUAUUAUAUAAAUGCAAAAUAUUCUACAGUUUUUCUUGUAUUUUUCUUUGGUAUCUAUAAUAUAUAUCCCAUUGAAGUUCUCAAAUAUCAGAAAAAAGAAGAUUUACAAGAUUAUCAACAAGAAGGCGUUGCCGGUGUGUGCUCAUUAAUAGUAGAUGGCACAAGUAAAAAAUUAUUAAAUGCAACUAAUUAUGGAUAUAAUCUAAUUGGAAUAUCUCUACCAUGUAUUAUUAUAUUUAUUAUUUCAAUUAUUAUUAUACAUCGUACAUAUCGAAAUCGAAGAUAUGAUGAAAAAUUACAUAACUCAUUCAAAUAUAUAGCUGCAACUAUUGGCAUUGUACAUUCAUUUUUUAAUUUACCAAUUCGAUUGAGUGAUAUGUUACUUAUGUUUUUAUCACCAUAUUCAUCAUUUUUUUCCUAUUUAAUUAAUUUUAAUCAUGAAGUGCAAUCGAUUAUUUCAUUAUCAUAUGCCUACAAGUGUUUUAUUUGUAUUAUUAUAUCUCGUCGAUUUCGUUUUCAUGCAAAAUAUAUUUUAUGCUUUUUAAUUGAAAAUAAAUAUGAAGAACGAGUUAAAAGUCGAACAAAUGGUCUUUUAAAAGCAAAUAAGCAAAUGCGUUAUUUUAUAGAACAUUCUCGACUGUCACAAGUGCCGAUUAACCAGUCAAUAACAAAGGCGUCCUCAAUCCGAACAACUAAUAGCAACAGUAUAUGUAACUAUAAUAUAUCGGAAGCGAUAUACUGGACAAGACCAUAUUUUACUCGAAAUCAAAAACAACGACUAUUACGACCUUGUGAUCGUUCGGUAAGCUGUCAUCAAUUAUCAACAACAUAUUCUUCAUCUGAAACUACGUUACCCCCAUCGAAUAUUAUAAUACGUCCUUCGCCGUAUUUUGUUCUCAUUAAUUUACCGAAUGGUGAACAUCGUCAUGUACCUUUACCACGUAAACAUGAGUCGAACUCUCAAAUGUUACCUUCAACACCAGUAUUAAAAAAUCAUUUUCUUUCUCGUAAUGUAGAACAACAAAUUACACAUGAACUGAAGCUUUUGACAUCAACACACAUUUAUUAA